AUGGCGGCUGAGAAACCACGGGCCAACGACGGCCCUGAUCAAAUCCAGGUCGCCCAUCACGACGACGUCCUGCAUCAUGCUGCUGAGCGUGGCCAGGUUGCUACUGACAAAUAUGGCCAUUCGCUCGUUACCAUUGACCCUAAGGUAGAAAGGCGCCUCAGGACCAAGAUCGAUCUCUUCGUCGUCCCCACCGUCGCGCUGUUGUAUCUCUUCUGCUUCAUUGACCGUGCCAACAUUGGCAAUGCCAAGAUUGCCGGCUUGGAGAAGGACCUUGGUCUCGAAGGCUACGACUAUAAUGUCGUUCUCUCCGUCUUCUAUGUCUCGUACAUCCUGUUCGAGAUCCCUGCCAAUAUCAUGUGUAAGUGGAUCGGACCUGGUUGGUUCCUCCCAGGCACGACGCUGCUCUUCGGAGUGUCCUCCAUCGCCACCGCCUUUGUCCACAACCGAGCCCAAGCCUGUGCGGUGCGUUUCUUGCUCGGUAUUUUCGAGGCGGGAAUGUUGCCCGGCAUCGCUUACUAUCUUUCUCGAUGGUACCGGCGAGCCGAACUGGCCUUCCGGCUGUCCAUCUACAUGGUCAUGGCCCCUCUAGCCGGCGCCUUUGGCGGACUUCUAGCUUCCGGCAUCCUCAAGCUCUCUCACUUCGGUGGCCUUCAUAGCUGGCGCAUGAUCUUCGGAAUCGAGGGAAUUAUCACCAUCGGGUUGGCCAUCAUUGGUUUCUUCACUCUGACGGACCGACCCGCCACCGCCCGCUGGUUGACGCAAGACGAGAAGGACCUUGCCAUUGCUCGCGUCAAGUCCGAGCGUGUCGGCACGACAGAGGUCCUCGACAAGAUGGACCACGUCAAGCUCCGCCGUGGCAUGACCAGUCCCGUCACGAUUGGCACCGCUGCCGUCUUUCUGCUUAACAACGUAACCGUGCAGGGGCUCGCUUUCUUCCUGCCGACCAUCAUCAAGACCAUCUACCCGACGCACACGGUCGUCUUCCAGCAGCUCUACACCGUUCCGCCGUACGUCGUCGGCGCCUUCUUCGUCGUCCUGUUCCCGACCAUCAGCUGGCGCCUGGACAAGCGGCAGAUCCUCAUCGCGCUGAGCGCCCCGAUGGUCAUGGUCGGCUACAUCAUGUUCCUCGCGAGCAAGGACGCCCAUGUCCGCUACGGCGCGACCUUCCUGAUUGCAAGCUCCGCCUUUGUUCUCGGUCCCAUGAGCAAUGCCCAGGUCAGCGCGAACGUCGUCAGCGACACGGCGCGCUCCAGCGGUAUUGGUAUGAAUGUCAUGUUUGGCAAUAUUGGCGGUCUCAUUUCCACCUGGUCGUUCCUUCCGUGGGACGGUCCCGAUUACCAUAUUGGCAACGGCCUCAAUCUCGCCACUUCCAGCACGAUCUUGAUCUUGUCGACGGCAUUGCUGUUCUGGAUGUAUGCCGAUAACAGGAAGCGUGAGGCGCGGAGCAUCGAAGAGGAGCUUGCUGGCCUGGAUCAAAAGCAGAUCCAAGAUCUGGACUGGAAGCACCCGGCCUUCCGAUGGAGGCCUUGA